UAUGGACAGAUUCUACGGGCAGAAACAGUUAUUAAGAAAGAUAAACAAACCUUUGGUCGAGAAGCGAAGGCGGGCAAGAAUUAACAGCAGUCUCCAGCAAUUGAAGACAUUGGUUGUCGAAUCAAUCAACAAAACGAGCUCACCGAAGGCAAAACUGGAGAAAGCAGACAUCCUGGAGAUGACGGUUCGAUACAUCAGAAACAUGCAAAGACAGCAAUAUGCUGCUGCUUCAUCCGAUCCCAAAGUUGUCAACAAAUACAAAGCUGGUUUCAAAGCCUGUAUGUCAGAGGUCGACGGAUUCUUCGGCUCAAUCGAUAUAAACCCAGACGUCAAAUCACGCGUUCUUGACCACCUGAAGUCAUCAGCCGAAGCUGGUGCCUCUCCUGAACCGAAAGAGAAACGAGAUCCUGAAGAAGAACCAGAAACGUCAAAAGCGCCACUGAAGACAUUACAAGUUCGAGACAUGCAAAAACCGAAAUCUGUUGCCUGCAAGAAGUUGAUGAUGCAAUCACUAGAAGUGCCAUCAACCCCCGUUUCCUCUGUUAAAUCUGUAGUGUCAGAACUUGCUCCUGUUAGUAGCAAAAGGGUUGCACCGGCAGCCGCUUGCGGUAAGGCUAGCGACACCAUCUAUACAUCACCUAAUGUACCGAUGAAGCAGAUGAACUAUCAAGCACAGGAUGUUCCAGUCAGUCGUGCACAGUCAUCGACUUCAUCGCGGCCAGCACCGUACCAUGUGCCAGCACGACAACAAAACCAAGGACUAAGUUACAGGGUGACGAACCCUAGGAAUCUUGCGCAACAACAAAACAAUACUGUCAGUAUGUAUGCGCAGAUUGCACCGAGACCACAGAAUGUACAGGCUAAUCGACAUAUCCAAAACAUUGCACAACAGGCACCAAACUUUGCACAACAGGCACAAGGCUUCCUGCAACAGGCACCUGCACCAGAGAGCCAGAUGUGGAGACCAUGGUAA